AUGGCUGUUUACCUGUUCUCCUGGGCGGCGUGGGUAACGGUACUCGCCCUCAUCAACCACGCGGAUGCUUCAGGUGCACCCCCUGUCUUCACAAACCCUCCCGACAGUACCACAAAUAUCAAUGUGGCAGAGAACACAGCUGUGACGACAUCAGUGUUUCAGGCAGCGGCUUCUGACGGUGAAGGCGACGCCCUUACAUACAGUCUAGUAACGCCACCUACUGAGUUUACAAUCACGGCAGCAGGGGAGAUAUCAGUGAAUGGAAACAUCAACUUCGAGGCGGUAGCUUCAUAUAUACUGACUGUAAGAGUGAACGAUGGAACAAGCGACGUAGAUGUGACCCUCACCUUUGAUGUCACAGACGUUGACGAGAAACCAGAAUUCACAAACGUUGCUACAGAUGGCAGCACAACAACUCCUAUUGCAGAAAACUCUGCUGUUGGAACUUCCAUUUUCUUAGCCAUGGCAACCGACCCUGAAGGAGCAAGUGUUACGUUUUCACUGGUCAGCCCGCCGGCAGUCUUCACCAUCAGUACUGGGGGAGUGAUGACAGUCAAUGGGGCUUUGAACUUCGAGAACGUGCCGUCAUAUACAAUCACAGUCCGAGCUACUGAUGGAACUAAUACCAAUGAUCAAACAAUGACAGUGUCUAUCACCAAUGUGGAUGAGGCGCCAACCUUCACCAGUCCCGCUGCAGAUGGCAGUACCAGGACCAACGUAGCCGAGAACUCUGUCACAGGAACAUCCGUGUAUGCUGUGGUAGCUUCUGAUCCCGAAGGGGCUACCUUGACCUUCAGCCUGGUGACACCUCCUGCUCAGUUCACCAUCACCACCCUCGGCGAGAUACAAGUAGCCACUGCCACCAUCGACUUUGAAACACUAGCAUACUAUGCCUUGACAGUUAGAAUAACUGAUGGAACAAAUCCUGUUGAUGUUGUCCUUAACGUUGAUUUAACCGACGUCAACGAAUCACCAAGCUUCACAAAUAUUGCAUCAGAUGGCAGUACUAAUGUCAAUAUAGCCGAGGACUCUGGGACCGGGACGUCUGUUUUAUCUGUGGUGGCAUCGGACCCCGAAGGAGAUACACUGACAAUAACUCUGGUGUCUGCCCCUACCGAGUUCACUCUCAAUGCAGCAAACCAGAUUCAGGUGAACGGAGCUCUGGACUUUGAAACUACACCAUCUUACACACUUACGGUCAGAGUAACAGAUGGAACAAAUGCAGAUGUUGACCACACCAUGACGGUGACCAUCACAAAUGUAGAUGAGGCGCCCACCUUCACCAGUCCCGCUGCAGAUGGCAGUACCAGGACCAACGUAGCCGAGAACUCUGUCACAGGAACAUCCGUGUAUGCUGUGGUAGCUUCUGAUCCCGAAGGGGCUACCUUGACCUUCAGCCUGGUGACACCUCCUGCUCAGUUCACCAUCACCACCCUCGGCGAGAUACAAGUAGCCACUGCCACCAUCGACUUUGAAACACUAGCAUACUAUGCCUUGACAGUUAGAAUAACUGAUGGAACAAAUCCUGUUGAUGUUGUCCUUAACGUUGAUAUAACCGACGUCAACGAAUCACCAAGCUUCACAAAUAUUGCAUCAGAUGGCAGUACUAAUGUCAAUAUAGCCGAGGACUCUGGGACCGGGACGUCUGUUUUAUCUGUGGUGGCAUCAGACCCGGAAGGAGAUACACUGACAAUAACUCUGGUGUCUGCCCCUACCGAGUUCACUCUCAAUGCAGCAAACCAGAUUCAGGUGAACGGAGCUCUGGACUUUGAAACUACACCAUCUUACACACUUACGGUCAGAGUAACAGAUGGAACAAAUGCAGAUGUUGACCACACCAUGACGGUGACCAUCACAAAUGUAGAUGAGGCGCCCACCUUCACCAGUCCCGCUGCAGAUGGCAGUACCAGGACCAACGUAGCCGAGAACUCUGUCACAGGAACAUCCGUGUAUGCUGUGGUAGCUUCUGAUCCCGAAGGGGCUACCUUGACCUUCAGCCUGGUGACACCUCCUUCUCAUUUCACCAUCACCAUCCUCGGCGAGAUACAAGUAGCCACUGCCACCAUCGACUUUGAAACACUAGCAUACUAUGCCUUGACAGUUAGAAUAACUGAUGGAACAAAUCCUGUUGAUGUUGUCCUUAACGUCGAUAUAACCGACGUCAACGAAUCACCAAGCUUCACAAAUAUUGCAUCAGAUGGCAGUACUAAUGUCAAUAUAGCCGAGGACUCUGGGACCGGGACGUCUGUUUUAUCUGUGGUGGCAUCAGACCCGGAAGGAGAUACACUGACAAUAACUCUGGUGUCUGCCCCUACCGAGUUCACUCUCAAUGCAGCAAACCAGAUUCAGGUGAACGGAGCUCUGGACUUUGAAACUACACCAUCUUACACACUUACGGUCAGAGUAACAGACGGAACAAAUGCAGAUGUUGACCACACCAUGACGGUGACCAUCACCAAUGUAGAUGAGGCGCCAACCUUCACCAGUCCCGCUGCAGAUGGCAGUACCAGGACCAACGUAGCCGAGAACUCUGUCACAGGAACAUCCGUGUAUGCUGUGGUAGCUUCUGAUCCCGAAGGGGCUACCUUGACCUUCAGCCUGGUGACACCUCCUGCUCAGUUCACCAUCACCACCCUCGGCGAGAUACAAGUAGCCACUGCCACCAUCGACUUUGAAACACUAGCAUACUAUGCCUUGACAAUUAGAAUAACUGAUGGAACAAAUCCUGUUGAUGUUGUCCUUAACGUUGAUAUAACCGACGUCAACGAAUCACCAAGCUUCACAAAUAUUGCAUCAGAUGGCAGUACUAAUGUCAAUAUAGCCGAGGACUCUGGGACCGGGACGUCUGUAUUGUCUGUGGUGGCAUCAGAUCCGGAAGGAGAUACACUGACAAUAACUCUGGUGUCUGCCCCUACCGAGUUCACUCUCAAUGCAGCAAACCAGAUUCAGGUGAACGGAGCUCUGGACUUUGAAACUACACCGUCUUACACACUUACGGUCAGAGUAACAGAUGGAACAAAUGCAGAUGUUGACCACACCAUGACGGUGACAAUCACCAAUGUAGAUGAGGCGCCCACCUUCACCGGUCCCGCUGCAGAUGGCAGUACCAGGACCAAUGUAGCCGAGAACUCUGUCACAGGAACAUCCGUGUAUGCUGUGGUAGCUUCUGAUCCCGAAGGGGCUACCUUGACCUUCAGCCUGGUGACACCUCCUGCUCAGUUCACCAUCACCACCCUCGGCGAGAUACAAGUAGCCACUGCAACCAUCGACUUUGAAACACAAGCAUACUAUGCCCUGACAGUCAGAAUAACUGAUGGAACAAAUCCUGUUGAUGUUGUCCUUAACGUCGAUAUUACCGACGUCAACGAAUCACCAAGCUUCACAAAUAUUGCAUCAGAUGGCAGUACUAAUGUCAAUAUAGCUGAGGACUCUGGGACCGGGACGUCUGUAUUGUCUGUGGUGGCAUCAGACCCGGAAGGAGAUACACUGACAAUAUCUCUGGUGUCUGCCCCUACCGAGUUCACUCUCAAUGCAGCAAACCAGAUUCAGGUGAACGGAGCUCUGGACUUUGAAACUACACCGUCUUACACACUUACGGUCAGAGUAACAGACGGAACAAAUGCAGAUGUUGACCACACCAUGACGGUGACAAUCACCAAUGUAGAUGAGGCGCCCACCUUCACCAGUCCCGCUGCAGAUGGCAGUACCAGGACCAAUGUAGCCGAGAACUCUGUCACAGGAACAUCCGUGUAUGCUGUGGUAGCUUCUGAUCCCGAAGGGGCUACCUUGACCUUCAGCCUGGUGACACCUCCUGCUCAGUUCACCAUCACCACCCUCGGCGAGAUACAAGUAGCCACUGCCACCAUCGACUUUGAAACACUAGCAUACUAUGCCUUGACAGUCAGAAUAACUGAUGGAACAAAUCCUGUUGAUGUUGUCCUUAACGUCGAUAUAACCGACGUCAACGAAUCACCAAGCUUCACAAAUAUUGCAUCAGAUGGCAGUACUAAUGUCAAUAUAGCCGAGGACUCUGGGACCGGGACGUCUGUUUUAUCUGUGGUGGCAUCAGACCCGGAAGGAGAUACACUGACAAUAACUCUGGUGUCUGCCCCUACCGAGUUCACUCUCAAUGCAGCAAACCAGAUUCAGGUGAACGGAGCUCUGGACUUUGAAACUACACCAUCUUACACACUUACGGUCAGAGUAACAGAUGGAACAAAUGCAGAUGUUGACCACACCAUGACGGUGACCAUCACAAAUGUAGAUGAGGCGCCCACCUUCACCAGUCCCGCUGCAGAUGGCAGUACCAGGACCAACGUAGCCGAGAACUCUGUCACAGGAACAUCCGUGUAUGCUGUGGUAGCUUCUGAUCCCGAAGGGGCUACCUUGACCUUCAGCCUGGUGACACCUCCUUCUCAGUUCACCAUCACCAUCCUCGGCGAGAUACAAGUAGCCACUGCCACCAUCGACUUUGAAACACUAGCAUACUAUGCCUUGACAGUUAGAAUAACUGAUGGAACAAAUCCUGUUGAUGUUGUCCUUAACGUCGAUAUAACCGACGUCAACGAAUCACCAAGCUUCACAAAUAUUGCAUCAGAUGGCAGUACUAAUGUCAAUAUAGCCGAGGACUCUGGGACCGGGACGUCUGUUUUAUCUGUGGUGGCAUCAGACCCGGAAGGAGAUACACUGACAAUAACUCUGGUGUCUGCCCCUACCGAGUUCACUCUCAAUGCAGCAAACCAGAUUCAGGUGAACGGAGCUCUGGACUUUGAAACUACACCAUCUUACACACUUACGGUCAGAGUAACAGACGGAACAAAUGCAGAUGUUGACCACACCAUGACGGUGACCAUCACCAAUGUAGAUGAGGCGCCAACCUUCACCAGUCCCGCUGCAGAUGGCAGUACCAGGACCAACGUAGCCGAGAACUCUGUCACAGGAACAUCCGUGUAUGCUGUGGUAGCUUCUGAUCCCGAAGGGGCUACCUUGACCUUCAGCCUGGUGACACCUCCUGCUCAGUUCACCAUCACCACCCUCGGCGAGAUACAAGUAGCCACUGCCACCAUCGACUUUGAAACACUAGCAUACUAUGCCUUGACAAUUAGAAUAACUGAUGGAACAAAUCCUGUUGAUGUUGUCCUUAACGUUGAUAUAACCGACGUCAACGAAUCACCAAGCUUCACAAAUAUUGCAUCAGAUGGCAGUACUAAUGUCAAUAUAGCCGAGGACUCUGGGACCGGGACGUCUGUAUUGUCUGUGGUGGCAUCAGAUCCGGAAGGAGAUACACUGACAAUAACUCUGGUGUCUGCCCCUACCGAGUUCACUCUCAAUGCAGCAAACCAGAUUCAGGUGAACGGAGCUCUGGACUUUGAAACUACACCGUCUUACACACUUACGGUCAGAGUAACAGAUGGAACAAAUGCAGAUGUUGACCACACCAUGACGGUGACAAUCACCAAUGUAGAUGAGGCGCCCACCUUCACCGGUCCCGCUGCAGAUGGCAGUACCAGGACCAAUGUAGCCGAGAACUCUGUCACAGGAACAUCCGUGUAUGCUGUGGUAGCUUCUGAUCCCGAAGGGGCUACCUUGACCUUCAGCCUGGUGACACCUCCUGCUCAGUUCACCAUCACCACCCUCGGCGAGAUACAAGUAGCCACUGCAACCAUCGACUUUGAAACACAAGCAUACUAUGCCCUGACAGUCAGAAUAACUGAUGGAACAAAUCCUGUUGAUGUUGUCCUUAACGUCGAUAUUACCGACGUCAACGAAUCACCAAGCUUCACAAAUAUUGCAUCAGAUGGCAGUACUAAUGUCAAUAUAGCUGAGGACUCUGGGACCGGGACGUCUGUAUUGUCUGUGGUGGCAUCAGACCCGGAAGGAGAUACACUGACAAUAUCUCUGGUGUCUGCCCCUACCGAGUUCACUCUCAAUGCAGCAAACCAGAUUCAGGUGAACGGAGCUCUGGACUUUGAAACUACACCGUCUUACACACUUACGGUCAGAGUAACAGACGGAACAAAUGCAGAUGUUGACCACACCAUGACGGUGACAAUCACCAAUGUAGAUGAGGCGCCCACCUUCACCAGUCCCGCUGCAGAUGGCAGUACCAGGACCAAUGUAGCCGAGAACUCUGUCACAGGAACAUCCGUGUAUGCUGUGGUAGCUUCUGAUCCCGAAGGGGCUACCUUGACCUUCAGCCUGGUGACACCUCCUGCUCAGUUCACCAUCACCACCCUCGGCGAGAUACAAGUAGCCACUGCCACCAUCGACUUUGAAACACUAGCAUACUAUGCCUUGACAGUCAGAAUAACUGAUGGAACAAAUCCUGUUGAUGUUGUCCUUAACGUUGAUAUUACCGACGUCAACGAAUCACCAAGCUUCACAAAUAUUGCAUCAGAUGGCAGUUCUAAUGUCAAUAUAGCCGAGGACUCUGGGACCGGGACGUCUGUAUUGUCUGUGGUGGCAUCAGAUCCGGAAGGAGAUACACUGACAAUAACUCUGGUGUCUGCCCCUACCGAGUUUACUCUCAAUGCAGCAAACCAGAUUCAGGUGAACGGAGCUCUGGACUUUGAAACUACACCAUCUUACACACUUACGGUCAGAGUAACAGACGGAACAAAUGCAGAUGUUGACCACACCAUGACGGUGACCAUCACCAAUGUGGAUGAGGCGCCCACCUUCACCAGUCCCGCUGCAGAUGGCAGUACCAGGACCAACGUAGCCGAGAACUCUGUCACAGGAACAUCCGUGUAUGCUGUGGUAGCUUCUGAUCCCGAAGGGGCUACCUUGACCUUCAGCCUGGUGACACCUCCUGCUCAGUUCACCAUCACCACCCUCGGCGAGAUACAAGUAGCCACUGCCACCAUCGACUUUGAAACACUAGCAUACUAUGCCUUGACAGUUAGGAUAACUGAUGGAACAAAUCCUGUUGAUGUUGUCCUUAACGUUGAUAUUACCGACGUCAACGAAUCACCAAGCUUCACAAAUAUUGCAUCAGAUGGCAGUACUAAUGUCAAUAUAGCCGAGGACUCUGGGACCGGGACGUCUGUAUUGUCUGUGGUGGCAUCAGACCCGGAAGGAGAUACACUGACAAUAUCUCUGGUGUCUGCCCCUACUGAGUUCACUCUCAAUGCAGCAAACCAGAUUCAGGUGAACGGAGCUCUGGACUUUGAAACUACACCGUCUUAUACACUUGCGGUCAGAGUAACAGACGGAACAAAUGCAGAUGUUGACCACACCAUGACGGUUACCAUCACAAAUGUAGAUGAGGCGCCAACCUUCACCAGUCCCGCUGCAGAUGGCAGUACCAGGACCAACGUAGCCGAGAACUCUGUCACAGGAACAUCCGUGUAUGCUGUGGUAGCUUCUGAUCCCGAAGGGGCUACCUUGACCUUCAGCCUGGUGACACCUCCUGCUCAGUUCACCAUCACCACCCUCGGCGAGAUACAAGUAGCCACUGCCACCAUCGACUUUGAAACACUAGCGUACUAUGCCCUUACAGUUAGAAUAACUGAUGGAACAAAUCCUGUUGAUGUUGUCCUUAACGUUGAUAUUACCGACGUCAACGAAUCACCAAGCUUCACAAAUAUUGCAUCAGAUGGCAGUUCUAAUGUCAAUAUAGCCGAGGACUCUGGGACCGGGACGUCUGUAUUGUCUGUGGUGGCAUCAGAUCCGGAAGGAGAUACACUGACAAUAACUCUGGUGUCUGCCCCUACCGAGUUUACUCUCAAUGCAGCAAACCAGAUUCAGGUGAACGGAGCUCUGGACUUUGAAACUACACCAUCUUACACACUUACGGUCAGAGUAACAGACGGAACAAAUGCAGAUGUUGACCACACCAUGACGGUGACCAUCACCAAUGUGGAUGAGGCGCCCACCUUCACCAGUCCCGCUGCAGAUGGCAGUACCAGGACCAACGUAGCCGAGAACUCUGUCACAGGAACAUCCGUGUAUGCUGUGGUAGCUUCUGAUCCCGAAGGGGCUACCUUGACCUUCAGCCUGGUGACACCUCCUGCUCAGUUCACCAUCACCACCCUCGGCGAGAUACAAGUAGCCACUGCCACCAUCGACUUUGAAACACUAGCAUACUAUGCCUUGACAGUUAGGAUAACUGAUGGAACAAAUCCUGUUGAUGUUGUCCUUAACGUUGAUAUUACCGACGUCAACGAAUCACCAAGCUUCACAAAUAUUGCAUCAGAUGGCAGUACUAAUGUCAAUAUAGCCGAGGACUCUGGGACCGGGACGUCUGUAUUGUCUGUGGUGGCAUCAGACCCGGAAGGAGAUACACUGACAAUAUCUCUGGUGUCUGCCCCUACUGAGUUCACUCUCAAUGCAGCAAACCAGAUUCAGGUGAACGGAGCUCUGGACUUUGAAACUACACCGUCUUAUACACUUGCGGUCAGAGUAACAGACGGAACAAAUGCAGAUGUUGACCACACCAUGACGGUUACCAUCACAAAUGUAGAUGAGGCGCCCACCUUCACCAGUCCCGCUGCAGAUGGCAGUACCAGGACCAACGUAGCCGAGAACUCUGUCACAGGAACAUCCGUGUAUGCUGUGGUAGCUUCUGAUCCCGAAGGGGCUACCUUGACCUUCAGCCUGGUGACACCUCCUGCUCAGUUCACCAUCACCACCCUCGGCGAGAUACAAGUAGCCACUGCCACCAUCGACUUUGAAACACUAGCGUACUAUGCCCUUACAGUUAGGAUAACUGAUGGAACAAAUCCUGUUGAUGUUGUCCUUAACGUCGAUAUUACCGACGUCAACGAAUCACCAAGCUUCACAAAUAUUGCAUCAGAUGGCAGUACUAAUGUCAAUAUAGCCGAGGACUCUGGGACCGGGACGUCUGUAUUGUCUGUGGUGGCAUCAGAUCCGGAAGGAGAUACACUGACAAUAACUCUGGUGUCUGCCCCUACCGAGUUCACUCUCAAUGCAGCAAACCAGAUUCAGGUGAACGGAGCUCUGGACUUUGAAACUACACCAUCUUACACACUUACGGUCAGAGUAACAGACGGAACAAAUGCAGAUGUUGACCACACCAUGACGGUGACCAUCACCAAUGUAGAUGAGGCGCCCACCUUCACCAGUCCCGCUGCAGAUGGCAGUACCAGGACCAACGUAGCCGAGAACUCUGUCACAGGAACAGUCGUGUAUGCUGUGGUAGCUUCUGAUCCCGAAGGGGCUACCUUGACCUUCAGCCUGGUGACACCUCCUGCUCAGUUCACCAUCACCACCCUCGGCGAGAUACAAGUAGCCACUGCAACCAUCGACUUUGAAACACAAGCAUACUAUGCCCUGACAGUCAGGAUAACUGAUGGAACACAUCCUGUUGAUGUUGUCCUUAACGUUGAUAUUACCGACGUCAACGAAUCACCAAGCUUCACAAAUAUUGCAUCAGAUGGCAGUACUAAUGUCAAUAUAGCCGAGGACUCUGGGACCGGGACGUCUGUAUUGUCUGUGGUGGCAUCAGACCCGGAAGGAGAUACACUGACAAUAACUCUGAUGUCUGCCCCUACCGAGUUCACUCUCAAUGCAGCAAACCAGAUUCAGGUGAACGGAGCUCUGGACUUUGAAACUACACCGUCUUAUACACUUACGGUCAGAGUAACAGACGGAACAAAUGCAGAUGUUGACCACACCAUGACGGUGACCAUCACAAAUGUAGAUGAGGCGCCCACCUUCACCAGUCCCGCUGCAGAUGGCAGUACCAGGACCAACGUAGCCGAGAACUCUGUCACAGGAACAUCCGUGUAUGCUGUGGUAGCUUCUGAUCCCGAAGGGGCUACCUUGACCUUCAGCCUGGUGACACCUCCUGCUCAGUUCACCAUCACAACCCUCGGCGAGAUACAAGUAGCCACUGCCACCAUCGACUUUGAAAUACUGGCAUACUAUGCCUUGACAGUUAGAAUAACUGAUGGAAUAAAUCCUGUUGAUGUUGUCCUUAACGUUGAUAUUACCGACGUCAAUGAAUCACCAAGCUUCACAAAUAUAGCAUCAGAUGGCAGUACUAAUGUCAAUAUAGCCGAGGACUCUGGGACCGGGACGUCUGUAUUGUCUGUGGUGGCAUCAGACCCGGAAGGAGAUACACUGACAAUAACUCUGGUGUCUGCCCCUACCGAGUUUACUAUCAAUGCAGCAAACCAGAUUCAGGUGAACGGAGCUCUGGACUUUGAAACUACACCAUCUUACACACUUACGGUCAGAGUAACAGACGGAACGAAUGCAGAUGUUGACCACACCAUGACAGUGACCAUCACCAAUGUAGAUGAGGCGCCCACCUUCACCAGUCCCGCUGCAGAUGGCAGUACCAGGACCAACGUAGCCGAGAACUCUGUCACAGGAACAUCCGUGUAUGCUGUGGUAGCUUCUGAUCCCGAAGGGGCUACCUUGACCUUCAGCCUGGUGACACCUCCUGCUCAGUUCACCAUCACCACCCUCGGCGAGAUACAAGUAGCCACUGCCACCAUCGACUUUGAAACACUAGCAUACUAUGCCUUAACAGUCAGGAUAACUGAUGGAACAAAUCCUGUUGAUGUUGUCCUUAACGUCGAUAUAACCGACGUCAACGAAUCACCAAGCUUCACAAAUAUUGCAUCAGAUGGCAGUACUAAUGUCAAUAUAGCCGAGGACUCUGGGACCGGGACGUCUGUAUUGUCUGUGGUGGCAUCAGACCCGGAAGGAGAUACACUGACAAUAACUCUGGUGUCUGCCCCUACCGAGUUCACUAUCAAUGCAGCAAACCAGAUUCAGGUGAACGGAGCUCUGGACUUUGAAACAACACCAUCUUACACACUUACUGUAAGGGUAACCGAUGGAACGAACACACCUGUGGACCACACCAUGACAGUGACUAUUACUGAUGUGAAUGAAGCUCCAACCUUCACCAACCUUGCAACAGAUGGAAGUACAAGAGUAUCCGUAGCGGAAAAUUCAGUGACAGGAACAUCCAUAUUUGCUGUUAUUGCUAACGACCAGGAAGGAGAUCCCUUAACAAUAUCGCUCGUGGCGCCACCAGCUCAGUUUACAAUCGUGUCCGGUGAGGUUCAGGCUGGAGCUAUGACCACUGACUAUGAAACACAAACGGUUUUUGUAUUGUCAGUCAGGGUGACUGAUGGUACAUCAACUGUGGAUGCUACACUCAACGUUGAUAUUCUGGACAUCAAUGAGCCGCCUGUUGUGUCAAACCUCGCGACAGAUGGCAGCUCAUCCGUUAAUGUUGCUGAAGACGCUGGUGUAGGUGCCUCUGUGUUUGAUGUCACAGCAACUGACCCCGAGGGCGCCACCUUGACCUUCAGCCUUCUCAGUGGACCGGCUGAAUUUACGAUAACUUCCACUGGACAGGUGCAAGUUAAUGCAGCACUGGAUUUUGAAACCACCCCUUCAUACACACUUAAUGUCAGGGUAAGCGAUGGAACAAAUGAUGUCGACCGUGUACUAACUGUAGGAAUAACAGACGUGAACGAAGCUCCUACCUUCACGAACGUUGCGACAACACCCUAUCCAGUGUCAGAGAAUGUCAACAUUGGCACAUCUGUUGUUACCAUAGCAGCAACAGAUUCAGAUGCAGGGAAUGAUGGGACAAUCACGUACACUCUGCUCUCAACAACAGCUGGUGAGAUCAUGCCUGUCUUGAACUAUUGUGACAUCAAGAGCAUCUUUCAAUAG